AUGAUGGUGUUAAAGCUUCAAGAUCAACAACCUCAAGAUUGUCAUCAUGUUUGUGAGAAUGAAUCGAUAAUCGGCUACCGGAUCCUCCGGCUUAGUUGCCCGCUCCUUCGCUCCAUCUCAUCCAUGUAUAUUUACGACUUGUCGUCGGAUGUUCUGUUUCAUUCUCACAUCAGCUUCUUCUUUGAAAUCCAUUAUUCAGUGUAUAUUUUCGGGUUCUGCUCCUUGAUUUCAGAAAAUUUUGACCAAAAUUAA